AUGAGCGAGCGACGCAAGGGGAAGGGCAAGGGUGGCAAGGCUGGAAGUUCUGGACACUCAGGCUGGUGGAAUGACUGGGGAUGGAACAGCUGGUAUGACUGGCCAUCUGACUGGUACGCCGUUGAUCUUUCCUGGCAAAGCUCUGGGGGAGCAGAGAACACUCAUGCUUGGCGGCGCAGAGAGAGACCGGACACAAGGACACCCAACUCAGCGUCCACGCGGCAGCUGUCUGCCAGCCGCGCCGCACCGCCAGCCGCGCCGCCGCCACCCGCGCCACCCGUGCCAGACGAGUGGGCGGAAGGUCCCGAGGACGUGCGUGGCGUUGAUCAAAGCGCCAAAGAGGAGGAGACUGCCACUGCUUCACCAGAAGCUGCGGAGCCUCCGGACGCUGCGGUGUCCACCGCGGUGUCGGCGGACCUUUCGCAGACCACGGAGUUCGUUGAGAUGCAUCCGCACUGCUGGCUGGAUGAGGUCCAUGACGUCUCAGCCGCCAUUGAGGAGUUUCAUCAGCGCUCCACUGGGGAGCCGCUGGAUGCCGUCGAUGACUGGGAGGAGAUGGCGGAUGAUCUUGUGGCCUUCGAAGAACUCAUGCCUUGGUAUGAUUUGGCCUUCUUGUUGUGGUCGGGUCGACUCGUGGGCAGCUGUGGCGACUUGCUGCGCUGCGGUGAAGGGCCCGAGGUGAACGUCCGGUGUCAGUUGCGGCCAAAGGCUUCGGUGCUGCCACGGACACCAGGUCGCGAUUUGGUGGCCUUUGUGCGCGACAUCUCGGGCGAAGGUUUAGCCCUGGGCCUUUCUCCCACAGCCUCCGCUGCCUUCGGGGCCUCCUUUCCCAGCGCAGCAACUGGAGUUUGGGAGAAGGUGGAAUUGCUUCCAUGGACCUUGUUGCAUCCACAACCGCCCAGCUGGACGGGCCGCGUGUGCACCGUCCGCUGGCGCUUGCACAUGGUGGACCUACGAGCAAAGCCUACGGAGUUCCUGGCCGGCAACAAGAACCUGCUGCGACUGAACGAUGGAGCGGGGUCUUGGGUCAAAGAAAAGCUUCAACCAGGCAUCCUCACUGUGGAGAUGUGCUUGGAGCGAACUCUGCCUUUGCAUGUGGAGCUGGGCAUCAUGCGAAAUAGCGAAGUCCAAGAGCCCGAGAUCCGUGCACUGGUGCUUGCAGACCAGCUCUGCAUGUGUCUUGAGCAUCGGCGACCAGAAACUGGACCCCAUUGCCUGUGUCCGGAGGCCUUGGCGGAAGCUUUAGCGCCCUUGCCGCCCCCCAGCCAGGCGACCUACUGGGACAGCACCGCCGACUACGUGGCCUCAUGGAGUCCAGCUGUGGACCUAGAGGCCGCGGCUAGUGCAGCAGAUGAGGAUGACACGCGCAUCUUGUGCAAUGUGGAGAUCACCUGGGGCGAGCGCCGCGGCAGCUUCGCCGUGCCCAGCGGCUUGGCCUCGGCGCAUCGCAUGAAGCUCCGCGGACUCGUGCAAGGUGCCGAUGGUCCAACGGAACGCUCCUCCGGGUGGCUUUGCUUACGACGGCCCGGAAGUGGCGCUGGCGCGGGCUGGAGUGGCCGUGCAGGCUUGAUUGCCGCCGAAGUGGUUUGCGACGAUGGCACCGCGCAGCCGCUGGAGGUGAGUGUCGGUGAAGAAGAUGCUCAAAUCCCUCAGACAUUGUCUUUGCGAAUGACCUUCAAGCUGAUCCCCGGUGCUUCGGAUGCUGCCCCAAAGCCUGGGCAGAGGAAAUCCGGCUACAUCGUGGAAUUCAUCCCCAAGUCCUUGCCCUACAGCUGUAUGGCAGUGGCUUUGGCGGAACUGAGCAUCGCCUCCCAGUUGCUGCGCGAGGUGAUCCUGCAGGCUCGUGCGCCACAGAGGCCAAAGAGGCUCCAAGCCGAGGGCGAGUGGCAUGCCGAUGGAGGAGACGUAAAGUUGAAAGGUUUGGAUCUAAAGCCCUGGAAGCUCAAUCCUCCACAGGAAUUGGCUGUUCGAAGCGCUUUGCAGGAGGAGUUGUCGUUGAUCCACGGUCCGCCGGGCACUGGGAAGACCACCACGGCUUCAGCGCUGUGUGUCCUCUAUGCGCUCUCGAAUCUGGACAAGGGUGAGGUCGCUGCAGUCUUGUAUUGCACUCCUAGCAACGAUGCUGCGGACGUGGCCUGUUUGCGGGUGGCUGUGAGCUCGUCCCAGCAUUUUCAAGCCUUGAGUCAGCGGAGGAGGCAAGAGGUCCUGGCAGCCGGAGGCACUGACGAUUGCGCCAUUUGCUUCAACACAGGCUGCAACGCCAUUACGGCGUGUGGCCAUCACUUCCAUCGCAGUUGCUUGGAGAAGGCGCAAGCCGCCGGCACCCGCGGCUGCCCCCUGUGCCGGCGACCCUUGAGGCGGCCAGAAGGAGGCCUUAUGGCGCUCCGGGUCUAUAGCGCCGAGAUGGAACGGGGCGACUUCCCUGUGCCGAAGCGCAUCGAUCAUCCCAGCGCCAAGCCGCGCAAGGUGCGCCGCGUGGCCGAGGCCAUGCGGCCCUUUGCACUCCAUUGGCGUUGUCAUGGUUUAGCGCCCGGCGUGGAAGCGACCCAAGAGUCCUUGGAAGCGGGCAUGGCUUAUGAACGGAUGUUGCAGGCCGGUUUGGACAGCCCUCACUUCGAUGAGCUCCGCAUGGAGUGCCCGCCGAAGAGCUUCCGGAAACCCACGGGUUCCAUGCAUGAGGAAGCAGCGCUGCUCAAAAACCUUUGGAGGUACUACCUGGCUCUCAGUGCCGCACGGUGUGCCGAGUUGAAGCGUGCAGAUGUGGUCUUCGCCACCUGCAUCUCCGCACGACGCGGCGGUUUGAGCGCCGCAUUGCAGGCUGAGGGCGCGCCCGAGCUGCUUCAAGUGGUCUUGGAUGAGGCAGGGAUGGCACCAGUGUGCUUGCAGGCAUGUCUUUUUUCGUCUGCACAGUGGCCCGCGUCGGCGUCGGCGUACUCACCUUGUCCGGUGUCGGUUUGCGUUGCUGGUCCGGUGUCUUUGGUGUUUCCGAGAUUGAAUAGAUUGCCCUUGCAAAACCACGUGAGGGCUAUGUUGUAA